GCGUCGCACCACGCCGCACGCCCCCGCCCGGUGUUAAGAGCGUGCUCGCGCGCCCGCCAACAGCACACAGCCGCGCGAGUACAUAAGCCGACGCGAGGUUGGUGCCGGUAGCUCAACACUCCUCACCUCACUCACCCUCUGCGAGCGCCGAGCACCGCACGUCGCCUGCUCUUUCUCCCCGACCACCACGUACCACCACCUGUUAUACCUUUCGCCGUCUCCGACGAUGGAGGAGGCGACGGUGAUGUCGCAGCUGGGCCGCAGCAAGGACAGCGGCGGCGGCCGCCGGAGGCAGCGGUACCGCAUCGAGACCAGGGCGCUGUCCUACGUGCUCCCGCCGCGCGCGCUUCUCGUCCCGUGGUCGUCCGCCACCAAGGGGAAGGAGGAGAGGCUGCUGCUGCGCGGCGUCACCUGCGAGGCGCCGCCGGGGGAGCUGCUGGCGGUCGUGGGGCCCAGCGGGGCGGGCAAGACCACGCUGCUCUCGGUGCUGGCCGGCUCGGCGGACCCGGCGCGGGUGGUGGCCGGGGAGGUGCUGGUGAACGGGGUGCCCAUGGACGCCGCCGGGUUCCGCCGCGUGUCCGGCUACGUGCCGCAGGACGACGCGCUGUUCCCGGCGCUCACCGUCGAGGAGUCGCUCGUGUACAGCGCGCGCCUGCGCCUGCGCCUGCGCGGCGGGGGCGGGGGCGGGACGCCGUCCGGCGCGGAGCACCGGGCGCGGGAGCUCAUGGCGGAGCUCGGCCUCGCCCACGUCGCCGCGUCCAGGGUCGCCGACGUGUCCGGCGGCGAGCGGAGGCGGGUGUCCAUCGGGAUGGACCUCGUGCACGACCCGGCCGUGCUGCUGCUGGACGAGCCCACGUCGGGGCUCGACUCCGGCUCCGCGCUCCACAUCGUCAAGAUGCUCAGGGACAUGGCCGCCGCGCACGCCAAGACCGUCGUGCUCACCAUCCACCAGCCGGGGUUCCGCAUCCUCGAGCUCAUCGACCGCGUCGUGCUCCUCGCCGACGGAGCCGUCCGCCACCACGGCUCCCUCGACUUCCUCCAGUCGCGCCUCAUCGCCACCGGCCACGCCAUCCCCGCCCACGUCAACGUGCUCGAGUACGCCAUGGAGACCAUCGACUCCCUCAAGCCCGACGUCGCCGUAGCCACGGCGGUCACCACGAUCACCGCCGCCACUCCAGCGAACCGACAAGACGGGCCGCGCGCGGGGUACGCCAACUCGCCGGCGGCGGAGGUGCGCAUCCUGGCGGGGCGGUUCGUGAAGACGGUGCUGCGGACGCCGCAGCUGUUCGCGGCGCGGAUGGCGCAGUCGGUGCUGGUCGGCGCGUUCCUCGGCAGCAUCUUCCUGGGCACCACCGACCUGCAGUCCCGCCUCGGCUUCUUCGCCUUCAACCUCACCUACCUGCUCACCUCCACCACCGAGGCCCUGCCCGUGUUCCUCCACGAGCGCCGCAUCCUGGAGCGGGAGACCUCCCGCGGCGCCUACCGCGUGUCCUCGUACGUCGCCUCCAACGCCGCCGUCUUCCUGCCGUUCCUCCUCGCCGCGGCGGUGCUGUACGCGGCGCCCGUGUACUGGCUCGUGGGCCUGGCGCGCGAGCCCGCCGCCUUCGCCUACUUCGCGCUCGUCGUCUGGCUCGUCAUGCUCACCGCCAACUCCUUCGUCGCCUGCCUCAGCGCGCUGGCGCCCAACUACAUCGUGGGGAACUCCAUCGUCGCGGGGCUCAUCGGCUGCUUCUUCCUCUUCUCCGGAUACUUCGUGGCGAGCAAGAACAUCCCGCGCUACUGGGUGUUCAUGCACUACGCCAGCCUGUUCAAGUACCCGUUCGAGGCCCUGGUGGUGAACGAGUACGGCGGCGCGCGCGGAGCCAGGGAGUGCCUCGCCUCGGCCGGCGGCGCGGGGGGACUGUGCGUGCUCGACGGCGCGGGGCUGCUGCGGCAGCAGGGGAUGAGGGAGGGCAUGCGGUGGAGCAACCUGGGCGUCAUGCUCGGCUUCGUGGUCGGGUACAGGGUGCUCUGCUUCGUCAUCCUCUCCUUCAGGUGCCACCGCACGGGGAGGUGAGUACGGGAGAAAGGCGGGAAACCAUGCCAGUGGCGGCCAUUGGCAUGCAAGCAAACUGCAAAUAGUACUCCGCUCGUUUGAAUUUCACCUCAUUCUCCUCCUUCCUUUUCGUGAUUUUCUCCACGAAACAUCGAUUCGAAUUAGGUUGGAUACGAAUAUAUAUAUGUAUAUGUUUGGGAGAUACUACUGAUUGUAGUGGUCAGUGGAUGAUGUUCCUGUGUAUCAAUAGUGGGGUUCAUGGCAUGAUGCUAAUGGGAGAAUAAAGAUUUGGGUGUUUCUGCUCCUUUCCCAGUUCCAGGGAAAGUGUCA